UGCCCACCCUGGGUGUGCAGCAGCGCUGGCCAUUGCAGCUGCGGAGGGGAGGACUCCACUGCGAGCUGAGCGGGAUCAGCCCCUUCCCAUCACUGAGGCCCCAGGGGCACGGGAUGCUCACAGUGCUAAUGGCUGAUGGAGCCUCGGGGACUGCUGCUGCAGGAGCCAGAAACGCACAAGGAGCAGUGCAGGCACUGCAGGGACAGGUCACUGCUCUGCCUGCUCCCGCCGCUGCUUCCUUUGCUGCCGCCCAGAGUCGUUUCCGGCAGCUCUGUUCUCUCGGCGCUGGGACGCGCUUUCUGCCUCUGCCCCACUCAGCAAACACGCAGCUCGCUCUCGCCAUGCACCUCGCAAAUCUCAUCCUUACCGCCUUCCUUGGCCAGCUCCUCGUGGCUAUGGUCAGAGCCCAGGUUCAGCAGGAACCAUUCCUGGAGACCACCGAGGGCACCGGCAUCAACAUCACCUGCUCACACUCCAAAAUCCAGACCAGCGAUUGGAUCCAGUGGUACCGCCAGCUCCCUGGCCGAGAACCCGAAAUCCUCGCAGUCAUAAUGAAAGAUUCCAAAGAGCUGCCGGACAGUGCGAGCCGUGUGUGGGUGUCGGCAGAUCGGCGUCGGAGCGCGCUGUGGCUCGGGCGGCCCCGGCGCGGGGACGCGGCCGUGUAUUACUGCGCGCUGGGGCCACGGGCAGAGGAGCCGGGGCUGCGGCCGGGCACGAACCGCCGCGGGCGGGGCCGGGCGGGGCCAGCAGGGGGCGCUGCCGCUCCCGCUCGGCCCGGGCUGCGGCACCGGGACCGACACCGGCACCGACAAUGGACAUCGGCCCCAGAACCGGCGCCGCCACGGACACAGGCACCGGUAGCGAUACCGGUACUGGCGCCGACAACAGCGCCCACACCGGCACCAGCUCCGGCUUUCAGCCACCGACCGUGCUCAGCCCCUCUCCUCAGCCCGGGCUGCGUCCGGCUUAGCUGCUCAAGCCAUCAAACAGCCCCACCCGGCCACAGCUACAUGUGCACACUGUGAUGGUCUAUGUGAGGCAGGGCGGGCAGCAGGGUCUUUCCCAAACCGCCUUUUGCUCCUUCAGACAGGGCUCUGUACCUUCUGGGGAACGGGGCAACCUCUAGCCUGUCUGCAAAGGUGGGGCAAAGGUUCUCUUAGAAAUGCAUCAGUGAGGACACACAUUCCCACCCAGCCCAUAUCAGGCCUCUUCUCCUCUUGCCUUUGUCCUUCUCUUCCCAUGCCUGCUGGGCUGGUUUUGCCUUUUGAAAAGGCCAAGUGACAGCUCAAGGUCACUCA